UGAGGGUAGGAGAUCAUGUGGGUCUCUGGACUGCAACACAAAAACCCCGAUAUAGAUCUGCAAUUAACAAGUCGUUAGGGUUGUGUUUCCUUCCAAGAGCCAUGUGGUCCACUGCCACUCUAUCCUGCAGAUUUGGGCCUCCCGCCAUCGCCACCCGCAACCAAGGUCCCUUCACCGUCUCAGCCUCAGCCAGGUAUUCACGACCUCGGAAAAACAUCAACUACGAUUACGACGAGGACGAAGAGGAAGAGGAAGACGAAGAAAGGGACAACCAAAACACUUGGAAGCAAGAAGAAAUCAGGGACUUGGAGGAGCAGCCGAAAAUCAGCGGAUCUGUUGUAUUGUUGGCUCUGCAAAAAGCAAGUGCCAAGAAAACCUCCAAGAAGUUAAAGAAGAAGAGCAAAACCAUGAAACCUGAACAAGGAGAUGCAUGUUCAGAUUACAGCGAUGUGAAGCCAUUGUGCAUAAAGAGCGAUUGGAAGGAUAGAUUGGAUGAAUUGGAGACGCAGCUUCACCAACUAAUUCACAAUACCUGACUUUGCAAUCCCAACUCUGUAUAUUUACAACUUCCUUCGUAAUUAUACUUUUUUAUUUGAAUCCAAUUAGUUUCGAUUGUUUCCU